UCUAGCAUUGAUCCCCCUGCUCCUUAGUUAACACCCUUGAAAUGGCUCGUUCAUCUUCCUCCUCUUUCUCCUUCUUCUUCUUCUUCUCUUCCCUUGCUCUCUGUGGCUUGCACUCCGUCGCAGAUGCACAGCUCACACCCACUUUCUACUCCACCUCGUGUCCCCUUGCUCUCACCACCAUCAGAACUCUUGUCCAAACGGCUGUGCUGUUGGACCCGAGGAUGGGUGCCUCUCUUGUUCGCCUCCACUUUCAUGACUGCUUUGUUAACGGAUGUGACGCAUCGGUGCUCUUGGACCAAUCCACAACUAUCCAGAGCGAGAAGAGUGCAGCUCCAAAUGCAAACUCAUUGAGGGGAUUCGAACUCGUCGACACCAUUAAAGCUGCACUGGAGCUCCUUUGUCCUGGAGUGGUUUCUUGUGCAGACAUUCUAGCAGUUGCUGCCCGCGACUCAGUAGCGGUGCUCCGCGGCCCCACAUGGUCGGUGCCGCUAGGGAGGAGGGACUCACUUGUAGCAAACCAAGCUGGCGCCAAUACCGACCUUCCUGCUCCUUUUUUUAGCUUAGCUCAGAUCACUCAGGCCUUUUCAGACAAAGGCCUAAGUUUGACAGACAUGGUUGCCCUCUCAGGCGCUCACACGUUCGGGAAAGCGAGGUGCACGAAUUUCCGAGCCCAUUUAAGCGAGAGCAACAUUGAUCCAGCCUUUGCUGCGACUCUGAGACCUACUUGCAGUAAUUCUUCGUCCGACGACAAUAAUUUGGCAAACCUGGACGUCACAACUCCUAAUACCUUCGAUAAUGCAUACUACACAAACCUGCUGAACAAGAGGGGCCUUCUUCACUCGGAUCAAGAGCUCUUCAAUGGAGGCGCUGCCGAUGCAUUAGUGAGGACCUACAGCACAACCCCUUCCACUUUCUUCACCGACUUCGCCAACGCCAUGAUCAAGAUGGGCAACAUAAGCCCCCUCACCGGAACCAGCGGACAGAUAAGACGGAAUUGCAGAAGAGUCAAUUAGAUCUACAAGUUUGGUUACAUCUUUCCAUGUGUUGCUUCUCCUGCCCAUCUCCGUCUGCUUUUUGCUCUGGUGUGAAGCUUUUGUCGAAGAUUUCAGGAUAAGGUUAAGUACUGGUCUUAUAAAAUGUGGUUCCUUAUGUAACAUCCCCCAGAUACAAGUAUUCUGGUGUAUGAGAUUGUAAUACUUUCUGUAGAAGAGGAGAAGAACAAUGCGUGUCGGACCUUGCAUGAGUGUCUACAUGCAGGUCGUGCUACAGACAUGCAGUUGUGUUGCAAACAUGUAACGACGCAUAUAUGCGAGAUAUAAGCUACGCAUUAAUAUAUGAAUGUCAUGCA